CACUCCCGUUUGACGGAUCUAGCAAGCAAGUCUUUUAACACACACACUCUCUCUCACGCUGCGUACGACCGGUCACUUCUUUCUCAUUCCCCCAAGACGGACCGAGAGAGAGUUGCGAAGAAGAACGAAGGAGCCACCGACACAUCUGUCAUCGAGUGCUUUCUUCUCUUCCUCUCUCGGCCGGCGCAUGAUCUCACAGUCUAUCCUUUUCUUGCUUAAUUUACUCCUUUAAGACGAAUUUAGCAAGGAUAUUUGUAUUUUGGGUAUGUAUGAUGGUCACCAGACUCACCAUUGUUGAGUUUUGUCGAUGGGUUGCUGGAGGAGGAAGCCUCGCCUUUUUGAGGCAUCACUUCUUCUCCUCCUCCAAGUCUAGGCUCACGGUGCUCUCUGCCUUCCUUCUUUUCCUCCUCGUGGUGGCUGCCUCUCUCUUUGCCAUCUCUCACCUCCUCCCUCUCAGCAGCAGUUCCACCGCCUCACCUUCUUCCACCAAUCUGCUCUCUUGGUUUUACUUCUCUCCCUCUUCUUCCAACAAUUCGUCUAAUUCUACGCCACCGCCACCACCACGAGAAAAGGAGAAGAAGCAGGAUGAUGUUGUGGUGGAUCCUUUGUUGGUGAAUCGGAGCGGAGCGGUUUCUGAGAGUACUUAUGGCGGUAAUGGCGAUGGUGGUGCGGAUUCUUCUUCAAUGCAGGGUCCUCUUUCCGGAAAAGAAUCAGAUCAGCGGGGCUGGAAGAGCGCCUUCCCUGCGCACGCCGAGAAUUUCACCAAGAACAACACCUUGGCGAGCGCCACCGACAGAAGCACUGGUGGGGAAGCAUCUGGUGAAGUCACCGGGAAAUCCUUUGCUUCCGAGAGCAAACCCUCUAACGGUACAAGUAGUGUGGCGCCCAAAAGCAGUGACAAGGAAACCUCUGGAGAAGUCGUCAUUGGCAAAUCCUUUGCUUCCGAGAGUAAAACCCCUGACAUGACAAGUAGUACGGCGACCAAAAGCAGUGGCAACGAAACCUCUGGAGAAGCCGUCAUCGCCAAAUCGUUUGCUUCCGAGAGCCAACACCCUGACAUGACAAGUAGCUGCGUAGGAGCGGAAAAGCAAAUUCUGGUAAGAAAUAGCACAAUUAAAGAUGUUUGUUUUAAGGGUCAGAUUUCUGAGAAAAAGAGUGGAGCUAUGGGCGAAGAUCACCAAAUGAAACAACAACAUGGAGAAAUGAAUCAAGGAGGAGUAGCAGUAGGAGGAGGGAAGCUCAUCGACCCAGUCGAGGAAGCUGCUCCUGCUGCUGCUGCAGGGAAAAGGAAUGAUUCCCGGCCGACGGUUGCGGUGAAGGCUACAGGCGGUUCCUCUGAACAGUGUGAUAUAUUCCAUGGAAGAUGGGUGAGGGCUGAAAAGAACCAACCCUACUAUCCUGCAGGCUCUUGUCCUUACCUCGAUGACGAUUUUAACUGUCAUAAGAAUGGCAGGCCUGAUUCAGAUUUCCUCAAAUGGAGAUGGCAACCUUACGACUGCGACAUUCCAAGAUUGAAUGCAAGUGAUUUUCUAGGAAGAUUGAGAGGCAAAAGGUUAGUUUUUGUUGGUGAUUCACUCAAUCGAAAUAUGUGGGAGUCUCUAGUUUGCAUUCUUCGACACAGUAUUAGUAACAAAAAAAGAGUAUAUGAAGUUUCUGGGAGAAGCCAAUUUAAAGUCAAAGGCAGAAGAAACCAUUUCAAAUACAAAGGCUACUAUUCCUUCAGAUUUGAGGAUUAUCAGUGCUCUGUUGAUUUUGUACGAUCACCAUUUCUAGUAAGAGAGAUGCAGUAUAAGAAUGUACAUGGGUCCGAGGAUGAGAGGCUAAGAUUGGAUAUUUUGGAUGAAACAACUUUAGCGUACCGUGAAGCAGAUGUUAUAGUUUUCAACACAGGUCACUGGUGGACUCAUGAGCAAACGUCUAGAGGAAGAAACUAUUAUCAAGAAGGAAAUCAUGUAUAUCCAGUUCUGAAAGUCAUGGAAGCCUACAAGAAGGCUCUUACCACUUGGUCUAGAUGGAUUGACAUGAACAUUGAUUCCAGUAAAACUCAAGUUGUUUUCAGAGGAUAUUCUCUCACCCAUUUCAGGGGAGGUCAAUGGAAUUCCGGAGGGCAGUGUCAUAAAGAAACUGAGCCAAUCUUUAACCAAUCUUAUCUCUCCAAGUACCCAUCGAAGAUGAGAGUUGUGGAGCAAAUUCUAAAACAGACGAGGACUCCAGUUAUAUAUCUUAACAUCAGUAGGCUGACAGAUUAUAGGAAGGAUGGGCACCCAUCUAUAUACAGAAAGAAAUAUAUGUCAGUGGAAGAGCAAAUUGCUGCCGAGAAGUCUCAGGACUGCAGCCACUGGUGUUUGCCUGGAAUACCUGAUUCAUGGAACGAGCUUCUCUAUGCUUCUCUGCUUAUAGUUGGCAAAGGAUCCUGGAGAAGAUAACUGAGCAAAUCCACUUCUUCUUCUUCUUCUUCUUCUUCUUCUUCUAGAGUAAGAUUGAUUUAUAUAUAUAUAUAUAUAUAAUAUUACGAGAACUGCUCGUGAAUAGUAAUAAUGUAGAUGACAUGGAGAAUCAUGAAGGAGCUUUUCUUUGUCAUAAUU